GCCGGGGUGGUGGCGGAGCGCGCAUGCGUGGCCCCGGGGCGCGGGGCACGCGCUCGGGCCGUGCGCGCUCGCGGCCGGGUGGUGAGUGGUGGCAGGAGAAAGGGGUCGGCGCACGCGCGGUGCAGUCCUCGAGUUGUUGGGUUCUCGCGGGCAUCUUGUUUUGGUCUCGCGGGCGAGUGGGGCGCGCUUCCCGGGGCGCGGAGCAGGCGCGAGACCCAGCGAGAAAGAGCAGGGCUGCGCGCGCACUCGGGGAGCGGGGGAAGGAAGGGACCAGGGUCUAGGAAAGGGGUGGAGGGUUAAGUCCCCCCUCGAUCCUCCUCUCCUUCGUUACCCUCGUCUGGGACGGAAUAAGGGGAGGAAAUGAUCGAGAUGGCGGCGGAAAAGGAGCCGUUUUUGGUGCCGGCCCCUCCUCCGCCGCUCAAAGAGGAGUCGGGCGGAGGAGGGGUCGGCCCCACGGUGCCCCCACACCGAGAGGCGGCCUCUGCCGGGGAGCCCCGCGGCGGCCCGGAGCGCGAACCGGGCCAGCGCGCACACCCCGCAGGCGACGGGGCGAGCCCCGGGGCGCCUGCCACCCCCCAGGCGCAGUCGCACGGGGAGGCCCGCGUGUCGGAUCCCCACGGGCGAGCCGCUCCCCUGGACGUGGGGGAGGAGCGCCGGGGAGGGGGCGGGACAGACCUGGGGCCCCCUGCCCCUCCCCGGCCUCGCAAUGGCUACCAGCCCCACCGGCCCCCUGGGGGAGGCGGGGGCAAGAGGAGGAACAGCUGUAAUGUCGGGGGAGGCGGCGGGGGCUUCAAACAUCCGGCCUUCAAGAGGCGCCGGCGGGUCAACUCGGACUGUGACUCCGUGCUCCCCUCCAACUUCCUCCUCGGGGGCAAUAUCUUUGAUCCGCUGAACCUGAAUAGCCUUCUGGACGAGGAAGUGAGUCGUGCCCUCAAUGCGGAGACCCCCAAAUCCUCCCCGCUUCCAGCCAAGAGCCGAGAUCCCGUGGAGAUCCUGAUCCCCAAAGAUAUCACUGACCCGCUCAGUCUCAACACUUGCACUGAUGAGGCGCAGGUCGUUCUUGCCUCACCUCUCAAGACUGGGCGCAAGCGUCACAGGCACCGGGGGCAGCACCACCAGCAGCAGCAGCAGGCGGCGGCAGCUGGAGGGAAUGACAGCCACCCUGCGCUGCCCGCUGCCCCCCUUACCCCAUCCCUCCACGCCGAGGGCGCCCCACAGCAGCAGCAGCAGCAGCGGCACCGGGGCCAGAGCCGGGACGCUCCCCAGCCCUAUGAACUCAACACAGCCAUCAACUGCAGGGAUGAGGUCGUGUCUCCCUUGCCUGCCGCCCUGCAGGGACCCUCGGGCUCACUUUCAGCCCCUUCUGCUGCCUCUGUAACCUCUGCACCCUCCUCUUCCUCCUCCUCCCGACACCGCAAGCGUCGCAGGACUUCCAGCAAGUCGGAGGUCGGGGCUAGGGGUGGAGGCCAGGGUCCUAAGGAAAAGGGCCGAGGGAGUUGGGGAGGCCGCCACCACCCACUACCUGCGGUUGGCUUCAAAAAACAGCAACGCAAGUUCCAGUAUGGGAAUUACUGCGAGUACUAUGGGUACCGCAACCCCUCCUGUGAGGACGGGCGCCUGCGGGUAAUGAAGGCCGAGUGGUUCCGGGGCCGGGACGUUCUGGAUUUGGGCUGCAAUGUGGGCCACCUAACCCUGAGUAUCGCCUGCAAGUGGAGCCCCUCCCGCAUGGUGGGCCUGGACAUCGACCCGCAGCUCAUCCACUCAGCCCGCCAGAACAUCCGACACUACCUGUCAGAGGAGCUGCGGCUCCCGACCCAGACUUCUGAAGGAGACCCCGGGGCCGAGGGAAAGGAAGGGACCCCCCCCACCGUCCGCAAGAGGAGCUACUUCCCAGCCUCGCUUACAGCCAGCAGGGGCCCCAUUGCUGCACCCCAAGUGCCCUUGGAUGGAACAGAUUCAUCCUUUCCCAACAAUGUUGUCUUCGUCACGGGUAACUAUGUGCUGGACCGAGACGAGCUGGUGGAGGCCCAGAAAGCCGAGUAUGACGUGGUGCUCUGCCUCAGCCUCACUAAGUGGGUGCACCUCAACUGGGGAGAUGAGGGGCUGAAGCGCAUGUUCCGGAGGAUCUAUCGGCAUCUGCGCCCAGGGGGCAUCCUGGUCCUGGAGCCCCAGCCCUGGUCUUCCUACAAUAAGAGGAAGACUCUGACGGAAACGACCUACAAGAACUACUAUCGAAUCCAGCUGAAGCCAGAGCAGUUCAGUUCCUACCUGACGUCCCCAGAGGUGGGCUUCUCCAGCUACGAGCUGGUGGCCACCCCCUACCACACCUCCAAAGGCUUCCAGCGUCCUGUGUAUCUGUUCCACAAGGCCCAGGCCCCCAGCCACUAAGUGGCCCUGCACUGACCAACCGAUCGUCCGUCCAUGUGAAGAGGCCGCUCUCCAGGACCUGGGGGAAGAGGAGAAGGGCCCAAGGUCUUUCCUUUCUGACUCCAAAUGCCAUUUCCUUUCUGGGAUCUGCGAAGAAAGCGUUUACUACGCGGCUGUGCUAGCCGCCUCCCCUUGCCCCUGGCACUUGGAGCCGCAAGUCCAGCUGUGCCAGGGUUGCUGUCCUCUUCCUCUCUCCAGCCUGCUGGCCUGGAUGGCUUGGACUGUUGGCUGACUGCUGUUCUAGGGUAUGGGAGGUAGGAGGUGUCCGCGUGCUCAAGCUCUUUCCUCCUGUUCUUGCGAGGAGAUGCCUGUCCCCCCUCAGCCCUUGUGUCCAGCUGCGUUUCAGUGGACCAGGGUGGGCAGACUCGGGGCUGUCGGGGGAGCCUGCAGGGAGGCACCCAGGUACUGUGAAAGUCCUCCCCUCUGCUGUCCCCCAGUGGGAAGAGUGGGCUGGACUUUGAAUGUGAGAACAGCACAAUAAACUUGAUGUCUAGGGCAGUGGGCCCCAUA